AUGAUCUCGCACAAGGGCAACUCGUCCCGACUACUACUAUUAUUCGGGUUGCUCGCUUCAACGGUAUCGCCAACGCAGGCUGUUGGCAUCCUGCUGCCACGAAGCAGCGAUACCUGUCCCAGCGACUACACACAAUGCUCCAGUAGCGGUCUUCCCAGUACCUUCUGCUGCCCCAGCAGCUCCACCUGCAUCAGUCUCGACGACGCCAGCUCCGCCAUCUGCUGCCCAGCCGGGCAGAGCUGCGACUACAUCGAGCCCAUCACCUGCGACGUACAGCUGCAGAACGCGACCGCCCACCCCAAGAACAGCGUGCACACCACCCGCCUCGACGAUAGCCUGGCCAAAUGUGGCUCGAAAUGCUGUCCCUUCGGCUACACCUGCACGGGGGACUCGCUCUGCAGCAUGGACACAUCCACCGCAUCCACCGCAACAGCAUCCAGUGCCACCUCCUCAACCACCUCCUCCACCACAUCCUCCUCCUCCUCAUCUUCCCUCGCAACCGCCAUCUCCGCCACAGACCCCCGCGUCUCCACCUCCUCAGCCGCGGACAACACCAACACCACCACCAGCGCAACAGCAACACAGCUAAAAUGCCCGCAGUACCCCACAGCAGCCGUCCUGGCCGGCUUCUUCCCCGGCGCCCUCCUCGGCGUAACGGCCACCCUCCUCUCCCUCCUCCUGUACCGCCACUACCGCCGCAAGAACCUGCCCCCGUCCGCCAAGAUCGCCCAAUUCACCCACCGCUCCUCCAAGGGCACCCUCAUCGGGAUCUCCUCGCCCAUGCCCUCGGAGGAGACAGCCUACCGUACCGACUUCCUCCUCCGGCGGACGCAAUCCCGAGCCUCGAAGGCCACAACCACCGGCUCCCGGUCCCGGUCGCGGUCCCGAUCCCGCUCCAUGAUCCAGAAGACCAGCGGCCGGGUCCGGAGUCUGUUCAACCCACACAAUCCCGUGUACCAGCGGGAGGGCACCACCGCUAGGGGGGUUGGCGGUGGUGCAGGCGUCGAGACGGCGCUGGUGCCCGAGAAAGGCGGAGGGAGCCGAGUCCCCGUGCCGGUGCCGCCGUUGCCGCUCAACAUCAACGGGAACCUCGUGGUGAAGCAGUCCCAGCAGGACGGGAAAGGUGGCGUGGCGACCUACAGCUCGCCGCCGGUGAUCCCGGCGUUGCCCCGGACGGAGAGUAUUCGGGUGUAUACGCCGCCGGGCGUGUUUGCGACCACAGGGGUCCUGAAGCCGGACGCGUAUCCGACGAAUCCCAGGGCCAUGGAGGCGUUUUCGGAGGACCCGGAGGGCUCGGGUGGUGGUGGUGGUGGUGGGUUGAGUAGAGGGAAUUCGAGGUUGGGGUCGCAGCGGAGGUAG